AUGGCCUCGCAAACCGCAGUCUCAGCGCGCAGCGCCUACCGACAGAUCCUCCGUGCCACCCGUAUUGCUUUCCAAGACGACUUCCGUGUCCUGGUCGCUGCUCGCCAGGAAGCCCGUCGCCAGUUUGACGAACACCGCCGCGAGGGGAUUGACACGCCAAUGCAGAUUAAUCAUGCGAAAGAGGUGGCCACCAUUCUACGACACAACAUUGUACAGGGCGUAAGGGAUAGUAAAGACGAGAAUGCCAAAUGGGAGCUCCGCAUUCACGACGAUAUCGAGCGUGGAGACAAUGACUCAAUCAGGGUUGCUGGGAAGAAGGUCAAGGUUGAUAAGCCGUGCUCCGCAUGA